CGUGACGUGUCUCCUGCGCUUCACUCUUUCUCCAACGCUUCUGUCCGUCUCCUCGCUCCGAAAAUCUUUCAAUCAACUUUUUGGAGUCUUUAGAAAUGGAUCGCUAUCGCAUACCGUACAGACACUCGAGGAAGGGCAGUUCAAACGCGGAAAGAGAAGUUUGCAGGCAGUUCAUCAAUGGAUCGUGUCGAUACGGUCAGAGUUGUUACUAUCUACACGAGUUUCCUUCAGUACCGUCAAUUCAGGUUCAGUGUAGAUACUUCCAAAAGGGAGGCUGCUGGUUUGGUGACCGUUGCAGGUAUCUCCAUACUCCACAAAAUGGGGAAGGCUCUUCGGGGAGCAGCAGACGUGGUUCAGCCCCUGCUGUGUUUCCCUCUGCGGUAGCAUCACGAUCUCUAUCUGGCCGCCGGGGGUCUGAACCUUCUCUUAUCCCUCAAGGAGCCUAUAGCAUGAAUCGGAGGGGUUCGGAGCCACUUGUCACAAUGAGCGCAUUGCAGCGGAACUUUGAACGCUUGACCACUGGCAUUGCAGAGGAAGAAGAGUUCGGUGUUGUGGAAGAUGUACCUCUCCAGCUGGGUGUGUCAAGAACUCUGUAUCAAAGCAGUGCUACGCAGUCCAGUUCUUCACACAACUACACUUCUGCAUCUUUCAUGGCUGUUCCAGCAUCUGUCGGAGCCACAAAAGUUACUGUAGCUGAGGCUGAAACUCAGGUGAUGGAGUCACCAGUGAGAUCAGGUCAGGUUGGCGCAGCGGUCUCAUCCGAGCAGCAACGUUCAGGGGCUUUUGACCAAAACAAUGAUGUUGCCUGUGGCAUCUGCAUGGACAAGAUUUCAGAGAAAUCCACUGCUCAGGAACGGCGUUACGGCAUCCUACCCAACUGCAAUCAUGCUUUCUGCAUUGGCUGCAUUGUGACUUGGAGAAAAACAAAGGACUUCCAGGAGGAGGUCAUCAAGGGCUGUCCACAAUGCAGAGUGAAGUCCUCCUUUUAUAUUCCCAGCAAGCACUGGGUCUGUGAUGGUGAGGAGAAGGCAUCACUGAUAGCUUCUUUUAAAGAACGAAGCAGCAAAUUAAAGUGCACUUUCUUCAUGCGUCAUGGAUGCUGCCCAUUUAAAUCAGAGUGCAUCUACAGCCAUGACAUGCCUGUGAAUCACACACACCGUCGCAGGCGCUCAACACACAGGGACACAGCUGAAAUGCUGGAGCAUUUGGGCAUUGAUGGCCUUCAACUUUGGAGCUACAUUUUUGCCUUAACUCUGUUGGAUGAAGACGACGAUGACCUUCUGGAUUUUCUUGAUGACUAAGGACCCUCUGGAGACAUCGAUAUUUUGGCUCUUCCUUGAGUGAGCUUUUGCAUAUCUUCUGCACUGAAACACAAUUGUCCCUUUUUUUUAGGGUUGGCUUGACUUUAGCCACCCCUACAUGUUUGGCUAAUUCUUUAGCCGUGUAAGCUUUGUGUGUUUUUUGUAUGAGUGUGAAAGGGUUUUGGGAGAAGUUUGAGUGCUCUGAUCUCAAAUAGAGUCUGUAUCUUCAGGUUUAGUUUGGAAAGACUAGGGCAAAAAAAAAAAAAAGUUUAAGUUAAAACCCGAAUGCAUGGUCACUUAUUUGAGUUGGCUUUUUCACUUCUCAAUCAUUUAAUACUUCCAUCUGUGCUGCUUCCUGAUUGUUACACCCUCUUUUCUGAUACCUUUAUAUGAAAUCAGAUUUUAAAGUGUAUUUACUAGUUUAUAUUAUUGUCAGUAUUCCGCCAAACACUAAGCGUGCAACCUGUCAGCAGGCUUUGAUUUGUACUGUUCUCUACAGCAGUGUUAACAGGUUAUACCAGGGCUUGACGUCACAUUUUAUGACUUUUAGUAGAUGUUUGUAUUCAAAGAAAAGUGAAAAUAAAAAAUGUUCCACUGUUUGCCUCA